UUCGACACCUGUCUGACGGCCGGUUCUAACGUCGCGAUCCUCUGGCGCGGACCGGAGGUAUAAACUUUUCAAAAGUUUGAGAGAAAACGGCAGACGGGUGUGCGCGCUCAGAUGAACGUUCAUUAUUUUCAAUUCAAUGCGAACAAAUUUUUUUUUUUUGUUUCUUGAACUACCCAAAUUUUUUUUUGGGGGGGGGAAGGAGGAGAGCGUCAUUUUGAGGAAGGAAGAAGUGAUUUGUGCGCGCGCAAUUUUUAAUUGAAAAAAAAAAAAAAAAAAAAAUUUUUCAUAUCGUUUCACGGAUUAAGUGCAUCUCGCAUGUUACCAGGAACAACAACAACAAAGUGUGUGCAUUGUGCCCUCUCCUUUCUUCUUUUUUACGGAUUACAACCAGCAGAUGAACUUCAUUUUGUUUUGUUUUUUCGUACUAUUUCGAAAGGAAUUCCUUUAAUUUUAAUUUCCGAUUCGGACUGCAUGCGCUGACAUCAUUUCCAACUCCAUGUGCGUUAUUAUCGAUUCUGAUCCGCCGCCCGUGAUUAUGAAGGUGGUCCAGUGUUGUCCAGCAGCUCCGCCAGCCACCCGGCGUUGCUGUAGUUAAUUUCGUUCCUCUAGAAAAAACAAAACAAAACAAACAAACAAAAACAAAACAAAACAGAAAUUUCAAUAUUCAAAACGGGAAGUGAUUGUUUUCUCUCGCGCGUGUUUUUGUGUGUGUGUGUGUGUGCGUGUGUGCGAGUGUGCCACAUCUUAGUUUUAAACAACCAAAAAACAAAACAAAUAUCGCGCUCUCCACCCCAAAAACAAAAGACAAAAAUUAUUGAAAGAAAACAAUUCUGUUACGACGGCGAGUUCAUCGGAAGACCGACCACUACUACCACCGCUACCAUCCGUUUGUUGGUCAUUGGGCAGUAGUGGCAACAGUUCAACCACCCCCACCAUGAAGCUAGAACCCCCUGUUCCCGUUCCGGUCGACUCGAUCCUGUCGUGGGGCUGCGGCGGUGUAGGCGGAGGACCAGACGACGACGACGACCUGCUCAACGGAAAGUUCAACUCGUGCGACAUGGCCGACUCGACGACUGGCAGCAGUUUGCACGAUCACCUACACCAUCACAGCAGUCUUUCCGGUGGAGGAGGUUCGGGCAUGGCCGGAAGCAGUUCGGGCAUGCUGAGUUGCGGCGGAGGCAGCGGGCUCUCAUCCGGCCCGAUGAAUCAGAGCAACAAGGCCACACUCUUGUCACUCGACAACCUCGACGGACUCCUCUUGUCCGGCGCCACUGUCCUGACGACGCCCACAACGCCCGGACCGGGUCCUGGCGGAGGGCACAGUUUCGCAGAGUUGAAACCGCUGGCUCUUCCGCCUUUCGAGUACGGUGGUGGCGGAGGCAACAACGGCGGAAACCUCUCACUGGACGGCUCGAUGAACAGUUCCGGUUCCAGCCACCAUCAUCACAUGGGUGGAGGGACGCGGACGAUCCUGGACAUCAACCUCAACCUGUACAAAGCCAGUCCGUCUGGCAACAACAACAACAACAACAACAAUAAUAAUAAUAACAACAACAAUAACAACAAUAACAACAACAAUAACUCGGGCAACCUCAACUACUACGGCAGCGGUGGCGGAGGCAACGGAGAGCCGGUUUCGACGACGACGCUCGUCAACGGACUCGUCAGCGUCGGUGUCGUCAAGGCCGAGAGCAUGGCCGACUACCUGAUGAACCCCGAGAUCGACGACAUCGCCGCCAUCAUCGGCAACGCCAUCGCAGACAGUACUGUGGCCUCGGCGUCGGCGUCGACAGGUGGCGUUGGAGGUGGUGGUGGAAUGGGUGGCGGCGGAGUCAGCAACGUGGCCGGCGUCGGUUUGGGUGGAGUCGAAAGCCUCGGACCGGAUAUCCGCGAUCCCUGGGCCGACAUUGACGCCUGGAUCGAGAGCGCCUGUUCCACCGUCUACAAGCACGAACCAAUGCUUGAAAGUCCGGCCUCUUCUGUGACUUCCGGGACAUCGCAUUCGUCACUGUCUUCCGUCAGUCCGGCAUUCGCCCAUCCGUCACUGCCGCCGAUGAGCUCCUUACAGCCGCAACAGCCUCACAACAGCAGCUGUAGCGUCAGUUCGACUUUGCAAGCUCUGCUGAGUCAAGGAGCGGCAGCGGCCGGCAGCGUCGCCUUGGCUCACAUGAGCCAAGAUCCUUCCGGCGGAGGUGGCAACAAUAACCACAACGUGAAAAGUGAGCCCUCCAUGGACAUGCCCUUGCUCCAGCGACGGUUGACGGCCGGCCGAGAACCCAACUUGAACAACGGCGGAGGAGGCAACGGCCCGAUGGGCGGAUUCGUCUCCUGUUCCAUGGCUGGGUCAUCUAACAAGGAGAUGCAGCUACCGCACACUACCUUCCACACGGGACCGACCCUGAACCACGUGACGACGUCCUUACCGCAUCUCGGUGGAGGUAACGAUUCGAGCGGAUGUCAUUCGAGCAGCUACCCGGCCACGGCCCGGAGGUCUACGGCUGUCAAGAGUAGCAGUAGCGGCUACAACAACAACAAAGACUUGAGCGAUCUCGACGAUCCGAUGAGCGGCGGUGGAGGCAGCGGUAGUGGCGGCGGGACGGUCGGCGGAGGAUCGGGUGGCCGAUCCAAGCACAAGAACCGUUCGGGUAAAGCCAAGAUGACGACGGUGAUGACAACAGACGGAGCCGGCAAGGAGAAGCCCGUCCACCGGUGCAACAUCUGCAAUCGGGGAUUCCUCAACAAGUCCAACAUCAAGGUUCACCUUCGCACCCACACCGGAGAGAAGCCCUUCAAGUGCGACGCCUGCGCCAAGGCGUUCCGUCAGAAGGCCCACUUGCUGAAGCACAUGCAGAUUCACAAACGAAUCACCAGAGACUGACCUAUAUUUUUUCAAUUUAGACGAGGAGAGAGAAAAAAAUUAACUAAAAAAAAUUUGUAUAGCAAUCGAACAUUAUUCAUCCAGAAUUCAUCAGGCAUUGAAAGAGAUUAUAAAAACCUUUUUGUUUCUUUGUUUGUUUGUUUUUUCCUUAUUUCCUUCCCAGAGAUAUAUAUCCUCCUCUUUCUUGUACGAUGAGCAUUAUGACGAUUAUUCUUGGGAUGUGGUGCAUGUCACCAGGAUGCAGAGGCCAACUCUGUCGAAAUCAGGCUUCCCGGUUCCAAAAAAAGAUAGAAACUUACCAACACUCAUGAAAUUUUGUGGUAGUGUUAGCAACAACUUUUUUAAAAUGUAUCAUUCCUGAAAAAAGUGAACAAGAAAAA